AUGCCGAACAUUGUAUCUACCCAACGUACCGGAAACUGGAAGUUGGCCGCAUUGGCACUUUUCCUUUCUGGAGCACUCGCAAUUCCAGCACCCGAUGCCUCAAGCACUGAUGCCGCAGCCAGCAGUACUGCCACAACUGAACCGUUCCCGUACGAGGUCUCGACAUUGACUGAUGCCGAUGUUGAGGAAUACCCUGAGAUCUCGUUCGACGAUAUAAUCUACACUGAACAUACCUCUUCAAAGCGCUCAGUAUCCGAUCUUGUGUGCAAAGUCAUAUCCGCUGACUCAAAAUGGCCCUCUUCAAAGCUCUGGGGCAUUGUUAACUUCCUGACGGGCAAGAAGCUCAUCCCCACUGUGCCUUUGGCGGCGCCUUGCUAUAAUGGAGAAUAUUACAAUGCCACUAGAUGUGCAGAGAUUACUGCUAGCUGGCACGACUCGGACUUGCACGAUCAAGAUCCUACCUCAAUCAUGUCUCCCUUCUACCAGGGUGCUACUUGCAUGCCCACCACUGAUCCCACUGGGUCUUGCACUCUUGGAGGAUACCCUAAUUACGUUAUCAAAGCUAAGACCGUUUUCGACAUCCAAGUUGCUGUCAACUUUGCUAGAAACUUCGGUGUCAGGCUCGUUGUUAAGAACACUGGUCACGAUUUCUCUGGAAAGUCAUCUGGUGCAAACUCCAUUAGUGUUUGGACCCACUUCUUCAAUGACAUCAAAAAUAUCCCUAAGUUCAACCGUCUCGGCUGGUCUGGCCCCGCUUUCAAAGUCGGAGCCGGUGUCCAGGGCCGUGACGUCUAUGCCGCGGCCAAAGCCCAAGGCCUCGUCGUUGUCGGUGGAGAGGGUAUGACUGUCGGAUAUGCUGGAGGCUACCUCGCCGGAGGUGGUCACUCACCCCUCUCCAGUAUCUACGGAAUGGGAGCCGACCACGUCCUUGAGUACGAAGUUGUAACCGGAGAUGGUCGCUUCGUAACCGCUAAUGCAGAGCGAAACUCGGAUCUCUUCUGGGCUCUCCGUGGUGGUGGUGGAUCUACCUUUGGAAUUGUCACUUCAGUCAUUGUCAAGGCUUACCCCGACCUCCCGGUUACUACCGCUACAUUCAGCUUCUCUUCCACCGACCUAGAGGCAUACUGGGAUGCUGUCAAGGUCUACUUCAACACUUUCAUCACCAACGCUGACGCAGGCACCUAUGCGUACUUCAGCAUCUUUACCGGAACUUUCAACAUGGCACCCUUCUUUGCUCCCAAUCUCAGUGCGGCAGAUGUCACAGCCCUCCUCCAGCCCCUCUUUGAUAAACUCGACUCAUUGAACAUUGAAUACACACCCGUUAUCACCGAGCACGAGUCUUUCUUCGACGCAUGGCAGGCGACCUUCCCUAAGGAACUCGUUGGAUACACUACAGUGCAGACUGCAUCCCGUCUUUUCCCCCGUGCAAACUGGGUAGAUGAGGCGACCUUUGAUAAAACUUUUGCAGUUAUCAGGUCAGUUGUCGAGGAACAGGGAAUGCUUCUUGGAUUUAACAUGAAGAAUGAGUUCCCUGGUGGUGGCGAGCCUGAUAACUCUGUCAACCCUGCAUGGAGACAAUCUGUCUUGCAUGCUAUUGGUGCGGCUUCCUGGGACGCAAGUGCCACACCGGAGGAAAUCCAAGCAAAGAGGGAUUACCUCACCAAUGUGCAAAUGCAGAAGUGGAGAGAUGUCACCCCCGGCUCUGGUGCUUACCUCGGGGAGUCUGAUAUCCAGGAGCCAAACUUCCAACAGGCUUUCUACGGCGAGAACUACGCUCGUUUGUACCAGUUGAAGCAGAGGUUUGACCCGAAGAGUGUGUUUUAUGCCAGCACUGCAGUCGGUAGUGAGGAUUGGACUUUGGACUUGGAGGGCCGUCUGUGCCCCAACUAA